AUGUUCGUCCAUCUUACACCGGAUUCUUCACCUGAACUUACAAAAAAAUCUUGGUUUGGUAGCCUUAUGGCCUCUGAAAAAGACGAAACAUUUACAGUUCUUGUAAAAGGCAAACCUUUGGCAAGCGUAAAAGCUGAUCUUAUCCAUGCUUUUUUAUCAAUAGCUGAAUUGUCACAUAGCGUAAGUUCGCCAUUGUCUUUUAAAGUUGAAUACAAACGUAGCAGUACUGCUCCUGCGAUGUUUCAACGACAAGUUCGAUUUCAAGUUGACAUCAGUGCAAUAUCUAAACAACCAAAUGAACCUCUAUUUGCUAUCACAUUUACGUUACUAAGUGGAAAUAUACGACGAUUUCGAAGGGUAUGUGAGCAUAUACAAUCUCAAGUAUGCUCUAGGAAUAUUGGGAUGGCUCUCGGUAGUCAAAGUCGAGCAGCACCACCAAGUCCUAGGGCAUCUCGUAAAUUCACUACAGAAAUGAGUGAAAGUUCAAGUUGUGGCAGUGACACAAGUGAAAGACUUUUCCUCAGCCCUCAUCCUACUACCAGACAGGUUGAUUCAGACCUUGAAUCUGAAACGUCAGCAUUCGAUGUUAAAUCUCCAACUCACGAAAACGGUCGAAGAAGCUCUACUUCAACAAACAACAAUAAUUCAAUCGCUGGUGAUGUAACACCGACGCCUGGAAGUCCAUCUAAAACUGUGCGUAGCAAUUCAGAAAGUCAAAAUACACCAGAAAAAAAAUGUGUCACAACAAUGAGUGGCAAUAAUAUAGCGUGA